AUGAACCGAUUUUAUCGUGAGCGCCCUGCAGCGCCUGGUGGAGCAGCUCAAGCUGGAGGCCUGCAUGGAAAGAAUCAAGGUCUCGACGUGCCAGCUGAGACGCUUUACGACGUCCUGCACGACAUAGAAUACCGGAAGAAGUGGGACAGCAAUGUCAUUGAGACUUUCAACAUCGCCCGCCUGACUGUCAACGCCGACGUCCAAUAUUACUCUUGGAGGUGUCCCAAACCUCUGAAGAACCGUGAUGUCAUCACCCUCCGUUCCUGGCUCUCCAUGGGCACUGAUUACAUCAUUAUGAACUACUCAGUGAAGCAUCCUAAAUACCCACCUAGGAAAGACUUGGUCCGAGCCGUUUCCAUCCAGACAGGCUACCUCAUCCAGAGCACGGGGCCCAAGAGCUGUGUUAUUACCUAUCUGGCCCACGUGGAUCCCAAAGGCUCCUUACCCAAGUGGGUGGUGAAUAAAUCACUCCAACCUCACUUGAUCUUGUGCAGGGUCCUAUCCAUCUCCACAGCCUGCACCCACACAGACACGCCGGCCUUGCUGUAG